AUGAGACAUUUUACUAUUCUAACAUAUGUAUUCUUAAUUUUUAACCUCAAUUCUAAUCCUUCUUUCUCUUAUAUCGCAAACACACCUCAUUUUAAAGCACAUGGGACUUUAUGUAACAUUAAAGGAGCUAGGUGUUCCAAGGGUUCAAAAACACACUUUUCCCUGUCAUCAAACGGUGAAGGCAGCGAAUAUUUCGAACACAUUCCCGUUCUGCUCAGUGAAUCCAUGGAAUACCUCAUCACUGAUCCCAAAGGACUUUAUUUGGAUGUAACUUUGGGUUACGGAGGCCACACUCAGGAGAUUCUAAAUCGCUUGGAUAAAAAGGGGAGGGUUGUUGCAAUCGACAGGGACCCGGAGUCGGUUCAUUUUAACCAAAGAAGACUGAAAAACUAUAUAGACGAAUCACGGUUGUCACUAUUCAUUGGUAAAUUCUCGGACCUACUCUACCUUUUAAAAUCGCAAAACCUUCCCACGCAAGGCUAUGCUGGAAUUAUCGCAGAUUUGGGUCUAUCUACUCACCAGUUAGAGAAGGCUGGGCGCGGAUUCAGCUACCUGAAAGACGGGCCGCUGGACAUGAGGAUGUCGAGUCCUCUGAAUGACCCGUUCAACCCGAGUUACAGCAUAGACAUCAAAGCUUCUGCCAACACGGCAUAUCAGCUGAUAAACAAGUGUGACGAGUCUACGCUGAAGAAGAUAUUGAAUGAGUAUGGAGAGGAGCCCAGGUCUACCUCAAUAGCUAAGUCGAUUGUGGAGAAAAGGAGGGUCUCUGGAGAAAUCACAACCACCCAGAUGCUCUCAAAUGUAAUUAUAUCAUCGUUGCCCCUGUUCAAUAAGAAUAAGAUGAAGACGCUAUCUCGGGUUUUUCAGGCCCUGAGGAUCAAGGUCAAUGAUGAAUUGAAUGAACUCAGCUCCCUUCUGAACAUGGUUCCACAGCUUCUGAAACAUAACGGCAGACUCGUGUGCAUAUCCUACCACUCUCUCGAGGACAGGAUUGUCAAGAACGCCUUUGUGAACCUGAGGAACUUCUCCAGUCCCAAGUUCAACAUUCUCACCAAGAAGUGUGUUAGGCCCACGGCCGAGGAGAUCGCUGCAAACGUUAGGUCUCGGUCAGCUAAAUUACGGUGUAUUGAGAGGAUGCGCUAG